AUGUCGGUGGUGGUGUCCAACCUGGCAGGCGGCCUGCUGGCCGAGAUCAGCCCCGUGCCGGCGAGUCUCACAGAGUUGAGGCUGCAAAUCGAGCAGGCUACCGGCAUCCCAUCAGCGCUGCAGAAAUUGGUGGCAAGCGGUGAGGUGUUGACUGCAACCAGCGAGUGCCCAGCAGAAGGCUUCGAGGUGGUCUUAGUCAAAGACGAGACACCGAUGUGGACCUGGGACACGGACAACAACCCGGACUCGUCCCAAAUCGAAGUAGAGGGUGCCGUGGUUCGGUCUCCCAAACUUCGCACCGACUAUUGCAAUGUCGUGACCAAAGAACCCAUGCGGUCGGGGCUGCACUAUUACGAGUUCGUGCUGCACAAGGUCGGCGACGAGCAAUGGUGUGGAGUAACAAUGUCGCCGGAGAUGGCCGGCAGCAAAGUGGACGGCAGGUCCCUGAAAGCUUGGACCUACUACUGCGGCCGUGCUGGUUCGUCAAGAGCCUCUAUCCACAAUGGCACGGGUGCGCUGCAUGCUUCUGGAAAAGCCGUGGUCGAGUUCGAGAAGGCGUGCACACCAGGAAACGUGAUUGGAAUGUUGGUUGACGUGGACAAGCGAAUCGUGGCCUUUGCCUUAGAUGGGCGGGUACAAGGUGCAUGCAAGGUUCCCGGAGACGAGCCUUUGUGGGUUCUGACCCAGAUGGACACCCCUAAAGAUCACGUGGAGUUGCGAAAGCCAUCCCUGGAAGAAGCGCCACCUUCGAACUUUGAGGCCCUCAGCGGUGCUCUGCUGGAUGCUGCGAAAGGCGAAACUUUGCAUUGGUAG